UGCUAGUCGCUGGCGCCUGGCGGUGCGAUCGGGCUGCCAGGGCGGGCGGCAUGGCCCCCACCUAGAGCGGCAGGCGAAGCGGCUGAGCCCAGGAUGCUGAGGCGGCAGCGCCGCGGCUCCUCACGCGUCCCAGAUAUUGAUCAUCUUUCUGAAGUAAAAUCUCCAUGGCCUGAACAUUUUCUGAAAAUUAUUUUGAGCAGAAUAUCUGUUUAAUAGCAAGAUAAGCACAUCAAGAUGGUUGGGAAACUGAAGCAGAACUUACUAUUGGCAUGUCUGGUGAUUAGUUCAGUGACUGUGUUUUACUUGGGCCAGCACGCCAUGGAAUGCCACCACCGAAUAGAGGAACGCAGCCAGCCGGCCAAACUGGAGAGCACAAGGGCCACAGUGAGAACUGCCCUGGACGUCAAAGCCAAUAAAACCUUUGUCUACCACAAAGAUAUGCCUUUGAUAUUUAUCGGAGGUGUGCCUCGAAGUGGCACGACACUCAUGAGGGCCAUGCUGGAUGCACACCCCGACGUUCGCUGUGGAGAGGAAACCAGAGUCAUUCCCCGGAUCCUGGCACUGAAGCAGAUGUGGUCGAGGUCGAGUAAAGAGAAGAUCCGCCUGGAUGAGGCUGGCGUCACCGAUGAAGUGCUGGAUUCUGCCAUGCAAGCCUUCUUACUGGAAAUCAUUGUUAAGCAUGGGGAGCCAGCCCCUUAUUUAUGUAACAAAGAUCCUUUCGCCCUGAAAUCCUUAACUUACCUGGCCAGGUUAUUCCCCAAUGCCAAAUUUCUCCUGAUGGUUCGAGAUGGCCGGGCAUCAGUACACUCAAUGAUUUCUCGCAAAGUUACUAUAGCUGGGUUUGACCUAAACAGCUAUAGGGACUGUUUGACCAAGUGGAAUCGUGCCAUAGAGACCAUGUACAACCAGUGUAUGGAGGUUGGUUAUAAAAAAUGCAUGUUAGUUCACUAUGAACAACUCGUCUUACAUCCCGAGCGGUGGAUGAGAACGCUCUUAAAGUUUCUUCAUAUUCCAUGGAACCACUCAGUGUUGCACCAUGAAGAGAUGAUUGGAAAAGCUGGGGGAGUGUCGCUGUCUAAAGUGGAGAGAUCUACAGACCAAGUCAUCAAGCCAGUCAAUGUGGGAGCGCUAUCCAAAUGGGUUGGGAAGAUCCCUCCAGAUGUUUUACAAGACAUGGCAGUGAUCGCACCCAUGCUUGCCAAACUCGGAUAUGACCCAUAUGCCAACCCACCUAACUAUGGAAAACCCGAUCCCAAAAUCCUUGAAAACACAAGGAGGGAAGCUGGAAACUCAAAGAACUAAUCUGAAUAUAUGCUUUACCAGUUUAAUCUAUGCCAAAUCAGACCUAUAUACUCUUUUGAAACUACAGUUUAAACGAGAUAGCCAUGAAAUCAAAUAGGCUCUUCGAUUUCAAGAUUAAAAUUCCUUGACUUUCUCUGGUAUUCCUUAUGUCAUCAGUGUCCUCCCCUCCCCAGAACCUUAUAAUAUAAGAUCUCUUUAUUCUGUCUUUCUGUUGAUGCCUGUAAUUGACAAACACAUUUAUAUAACAGGUGAAUAAUUUGUGUGUUAAUUCCUUCCUCUUAGGUAUUACGUUCAUUUCCCUUUUUUAAUUCAUCAUUCCAAACCAAAACCAAACCUGCUGGCCUAAAGUCAAUUCCAACUCACAGCGACCCUACAGGACAGAGUAGAACUUCCCCAUAGAGUUUCCAAGGAGCACCUGGUAGAUUUGAACUGCUGAUCUUUUGGUUAGCAGCCAUAGCACUUAACCACUAUGCCAGCAGGGUUUCCACAGUUCAUCAUUAGGGGCUAUAUAUUCUUGUGAACCUUUAGAUACAAAGGCAAAAAUUUUUAAAUGAUCUGUAUCCUUUUUAUGUAAAUAUUUUUAUUAUAAAAUAUAAGAUCAUUACAUGAAACUUACAAAAUAAAAAGAGAACAGAAAUCACCUAUGUUACCACCCAGACGCAUAUCAUUCUUAAUAUUUCGAUGUAUUUCCAUGCCUUCUUUGCCUUUUGUUUACAGUCUUAUAAUCUUACCUUUAUUUAUACACAGAAUUUUGUAUCUGACCUUUCCUCUUAGUAUUGAUUAGCUUUUGCCCAUUUUGCACACUCUUUUUAAACAUCAUUUUUUAUGGUUAUAUAUCAUCAUAUGAGCCAUCUUAAAUUCUUUCUGAAACACAGUAGUGAAUGAAGGCAUGAAUGAACAAAAUAUAUUUCCCUAGUAGAUGUUCUAUAAUUCGUUUUACCAUUUUUCUUUUGUUGCAUACGGUUUGCACUAUGACAAGUUAUGCUGCAGUGGACAUAUUUGUACAUCCUAUAUUUUUCAGGUUUUUUUUUUUUAGGUUAAUAGAAGUAGAAUUAAACUAGGUCAAAGUUUCUGAGACUUUUUUUAAAAAGUUGUUUGAUAUAUAUGCUAUAAAUUGUUUUUUAAAAAUGUUUGAACUACCUGUGUUAUCUUACCAGUGGAGUAUAUGAGUAGGUUUGUACCACAUGCUUAGCAGCAUGAUGUAGGUGAUUUUCUUUUAAGGUUUUGCUAAUUUUAAUCGGUUUCAUUGAUUAAUAUAAUUGAACAUUUUCCAGUUGAUAAAUAUAUGUAUAUAUUAUUUUAUGAACUGUUUCUUAAGCUUUUAAAAUGUUUUAUGAGCUCCAUUUCCUAAAGAUGGGGCAUACAUUUGUCUAGCCUCGUACUUGUAUAGUCCUUGAUAAUCUCUUGGUAAUUGGUACUUCAUAGCUUUCGCCUAUGCACAACACUGAAAGGGCUUUGAUAAACCAAGAUACAUGUACAAAUGAAAGUUUGAGGUUUCCCAGGCAGUAGACAUUAUAGUUUUCCAACAAGCAAGUUGGCUUGGCUAGAUACUUCUUGGCUUUCCCAAGUGGUAGGUUGGAAAGAAAGCUGUGGUUUGAAUCCAUGUGACUAGAGAACUUGUUUCAUACACUCUGUGGCUUUUCAAAGAGUUUCAAAAUGCACAAUGAAAACAAAAAACCUUUUUUUGUAUCUCUGUCUCUGAAGCUUUGAUGAAGAAAAGAUAAAGCGUGAACUAAAAUUGCAUUUUUGAGCUGCUUGUGGUAAUGCAUACAAGCUGACGUUCUUGUUUGUGGGGUUGGAUUUCAUAGACCAUCUUGAAAACCAAAUCCUAUGUAUCGUCCAAACUUUUUUGCCUGUAAAAUCUCAGCUGCCAGUGUACCCAGCAUUAAUCAUCAUGAGGUUUCAUAAAGUUAUCCUUGAAAAGGGAUCAUCAGUUGUCAGCUGUGACAUGAGAUGGGCUUCAGAAAGAGGCGACUGGGGAAAUUGUUCCCUUAAUCAUGGGGUGGGAGUGGGAGAAAACUCACCUAUUGACUGGAAUUAUAGAACCCCAAAUGCCAGGCCUAAGAAGUGCUAGUUUUUGUACAAUUCUGGGCAGUCUAGAAGUAUUGGUGCCUGAGUCAGCACAUUUUGGGGAUAUUUUUCCAGUUUUGAAUGGAAAGUCAUAUGCUUCAUGGUUUCUCUGACUCAGAUGGUAAUUUAGAAGUGAAAUACUAACAUAUUCCAUAUCCUAUCCCACCAUAAUCUCUAAUCCCGAAAUUAUAGCACAUUUUAGUAAAGAGUCCCUGGGUGGUGCAAACGCUUAAAUGCUGGGCUGCUAACCAAAAGAUUGGAGGUUCAGACCCACCAAGAGGUACCUCAAGAGUAAGCCCUGGUGAUCUGCUUCUGAAAGGGCACAGCCUUGAAAACCCUAUGGAACAGUUCUGUUCUGCACUCAUGAGUCGGAAUCAACUUGAUGGUAACUAAUAAUGACGACAGCAACAGUGCCCUCUAGGUUAAAUCUUCAGCCUUCUCCUUCCCACAUAGCUUCUUAACCUUGUAAGACUUACAGACCUAUAUAAGAAUCUUAUGAAACUUAUGUAUCCCAACCUCAGAGAUACGGGCACAUACAUACAUAGAAUUUCACCUAUGAAGCCCAUCAGAUGAAGGACUUCUGUUUUAUAAUCUCUCGAUCAAGCUUAUCUACUGAUAAGCCUUUGAUUAUAACUUAUUUGCUGGUGAUCAUAAAUCUCUGUCCUCUAGUGUGUCUCUUUUCUGAGCCCCAGGCUCACUAUUUCCGGCUACUUUCUAUAUAUCUCCAUGUAGAUAUUUUCAAGAACCUCAAACUCAGUGUCCAACAUUGAACUUAUUGUCCAAGCUUGUUCCCUGAUAGGAAUUGACUCCAUCUAGUUCAGUAGCUGAGCAGGAAUCCAGAGUACGGGUGGAGAUGAAGCUGUGCUUAUCUGCAUGUGUAGUGGCUGUGGGCCAGUGAGCAGAUACGGGGAACACAAUCUUCAGAGGGCAUGCUUCAAGCCAAGAAAUAUUUCAGUGACCUAGUUGCUAAACCUGAGAGUGUGGUGAAACGCAUAUCCAAGUAUGAGUGGAUAUUCAGGUGAAAACCUGAGUGGACAGUACUGCAGAGGAGCAGAUAGCCAGAUAGAAGCAGCUAGAAAAGGAUUUGUCAGUUUUGUUCCUGUUUUCAAAGAACCAGCAUUUGGUGUCUGUCAAUUUGUCAUACCGUGGGGGCUUGCAUGUUACUGUAGUGCUGGAAGCUAUGCCACUGGUAUUGAAAUACCAGCAGGGUCACGGAUGGCGCACAGGUUUCACCUGAGCUUCCAGACUAAGACAGACUAGGAAGAAGGACCCAGGGGUCUACUUCUGAAAAGAAUUAGCCAGUGCAAACCUUAUGAAUAGCAGUGGAGCAUUGUCUGAUACGGUGCUGGAAGAUGAGUCCCUCAGGUUGGGAGGCACUCAAAAGAUGACGGGGGAACAGCUGCCUUCUCAAAGUGGAGUCAACCUUAACAACGUGGAUGGAGUCAACUUUUUGGGACCUUCAUUUGCUGAUAUAGCAUGACUCAAAAUGAGAAGAAACAGCUGCAAACAUCCACUAAGAAUUGGAACCUGGAAUGUAUAAAGUAUGAAUCUAGGAAAGUUGAAUAUCGUCAAAAAUGAAAUGGAACACAUAAAAAUCAAUAUCCUAGGCAUUAGUGAGCUGAAAUGGACUGGUAUUGGUCAUUUUGAAUCGGACAGUCAUAUGGUCUACUAUGCUGGGAAUGAGAACUUGAAGAGAAAUGGCAUACAUUCAUCGUCAGAAAGAACAUUUCAAAAUCUAUCCUGAAGUACAGUGCUGUCAGUGAUAGGAUAAUAUACAUACGUCUACAAGGAAGACCAGUUAAUACGACUGUUAUUCAAAUUUACACACCAACUGCUAUGGCCAAAGAUGAAGAACCUAAAGAUAUUUACCAACUUCUGCUUUCUGAAAUUGAUUGAAUAUGCAAUCAGGAUGUAUUGAUAAUUAACUGGUGAUUGGAAAUGCAAAAGCUGGAAACAAAGGGUCGGUAGUUGGAAAAAAAUAUGGCCUUGUUGACAGAAAUGAUGCCAGAGAUCGCAUGAUACAAUUUUGCAAGACCAACAACUCCUUCAUUGCAAAUACCUUUUUUUACCAACAUAGUAGCUUUACACAUGGACCUCACCAGAUGGAAUACACAGGAAUCAAAUCAACUACAUCUGAGGAAAGAGAUGAUGGAGAAACUCAAUAUUAUCAAUCAGAACAAGGCCAGGGGCCUACUUCGGAACAGACCAUCAGUUGCUCAUAUGCAAGUUCAAGAUGAAACUGAAGACAAUUAGAACAAGUCGAUGAGAGCUAAAGUAUGACCUUGAGUAUAUCCCACCUGAAUUUAGAGACCAUCUCAAGAAUAGAUUUGACACGUUGAACACUAAUGACUGAAGACUGGAUCCGUUGUGUAAUGACGUCAAGGACAGCAUACAUGAAGAAAGCAAGAGGUCAUUAAAAAGUCAGGGAAAAAAGAAAAGACCAAAAUGAACGUCAGAAGAGACUCUGAAACUUGUUCUUGAACGUCUAGUAGCUAACGCAAAAGAAAGAAACUAAGUAAAAGAACUGAACGGAAGAUUUCAAAGGUUGGCUCAAAAGACAGAGUAAAGUAUUAUAAUGGAGUGUGCAAAGACCUGGAGAUAGAAAACCAAGAAGGAAGAACAUGCUCAGCAUUUCUCAAGCUGAAAGGACUGAAGAAAAAACUCAAGCCUUGAGUUGCAAUAUUAAAGGAUUCUACAGGGAAAUAUUAAACAAUGCGGGAAGUAUCAAAAGAAGAUGGAAGGAAUACACAGAGUCACUAUGCCAAAAAGAAGUGGUCAACUGUUCAACCGUUUCAGGAGGUAGCAUAUGAUCAGGAACCAAUGGUACUGAAAGAAGAGGUCCAAGCUGCACUAAAGGCAUUGGUGAAAAACAAGGGUCCAGGAAUUGACAGAAUACUAAUUGAGAUGUUUCAGCAAACGGAUGCAGGUGUGGAAGUGCUCACUCACUUAUGCCAAAAAAUUUGGAAGACAGCUACCUGACCAACAGACUAGAAGAGAGCCAUAUUUGUGCCUAUUCCCAAGAAGGGUGAUCCAGCUGAAUGUGGAAAAUUGUUGAACAGUAUCGUUAGUAUCACACACAGGUAAAAUUUUGCUGAAGAUCAUUCAAAAGUGGCUGCAGCAGUAUAUCGACAGAGAACUGCCAGAAAUUCAAGCCGGAUUCAGAAGAGGACGUGGAACAAGGGAUAUCAUUGCUGAUGUCAGGUGAAUCCUGGCCGAAAGCAGAGAAUAUCAGAAAGAUGUUUACCUGUGUUUUAUUGACUAUGCAAAGGCAUUCAACUGUGUGAAUCAUAACAAAUUAUGGAUAACACUGCGAAGAAUAGGAAUUCCAGAACACUUAAUUGUGCUCAUGAGGAACCUGUACAUAAACCAAGAGAAAGCCGUUGGAACAGAACAAGGGGAUACUGCAUGGUUUAAAGUCAGGGAAGGUGUAUGUCAGGGUUGUAUCCUUUCAGCAUACUUAUUUAAUCUGUAUGCUGAACAAAUAAUCCAAGAAGCUGGACUACAUGAAGAAGAACACGACAUCAAGAUUGGAGGAAGACUCGUUAACAAUCUGCUUGCUGAAAGUGAAGGGGACUUGAAGUGCUUAAUGAUGACAAUCAAAGACCACAGCCUUCAGUAUGGGUUACUUCUCAGCAUAAAGAAAACAAAAAUCCUCACACCUGGACCAGUAAGCAAUAUCAUGAUCUGAAAUAUCAUGAUCCCAAAUAUCAUGAUAAACUGAGAAAAGAUUGAUGUUGUUAAGGAUUUAAUUUUACUUGGAUCCACAGUCAACACCCAUGGAAGCAGCAGUCAAGAAAUCAAAAGAUGCAUUGGGCAAAUCGGCUGCAAAAGACCUCUUUUAAAGUGUUGAAAAGCAAAGAUGUCACCCUGAGGACUAAGGUGCGCCUGACCCAAGCCCUGGUGUUUUCAAUUGCCUCGUAUGCAUGAGAAAGCUGGAUGAUGAAUAAGGAAGACCGAAGAAGAAUUGACGCCUUUGAAUUGCGGUAUUCAGGAAGAAUAUUAAAUAUGCCAUGGACUGCCAAAAGAACAAAGAAAUGUGUCAUGGAAGAAGUACAACCAGAAUGCUCCUUAGAGGCAAGGAUGGCAAGACUUCGUCUCACAUACUUUGGACAUGUUAUCAGGAGGGAUCAGUCCCUGGAGAAGACACCAUGCUUGGUAAAGUGGAGGGUCAAUGAAAAAGAGGAAGACCCUCAAUGAGAUGGAUUGACAGAGUGGCUGCAACAAUGGGCUCAGGCAUAACAACGAUUGUGAGGAUGAUGCAGGAUAUAGGAUCACUAUGAGUCAAAAUCAACUUGACAUCACCUAACAACAAAGGCAGCAUUUGCUGUUUAUAAUUCUUUUUAUUGUCUUUGUUCUGUUUCCUUGAUUUCUGCUCAUAUCUUUAUCAUCUUCUCUAUUAUCUUUAUUUCCUUUUUUCUUCUUACUUCAGACUUGUUUUGCCCUUUUUUUUCCCAGCUUCUUAAGAUGGAAUCUUAGGUAAUUGAUUUUAGAUUUUUAGUUUUUUUUAAUAUGUACUUUUACAGCUAUAACUUUCCCUCUAAAUUCUGCUGUAGCUGCAUCCCAAAAAUAUAUAUUGUAUUUUCUUUGUCAUUAAGUUAAAAAUAUUCACUAAUUUACUCUGUGAUUUUGUCUUUCAACCAUAAAUUACUUAGAAGCAUAUUAUUUAAUUUCCAGGUUUUUUAGGUUUUUCUAGAUAUAGUAUUGAUAUUUAAUUCUGUGUGGCUAGAUAACACACAUUGUAUGAUUUUGAUCCUUUUAAAUUUAUUGAGACUUGUUUUAUGGUCCAACAUAUGUUUUAUCUUGGUUAAUGUACCAUUACACAUGAAAAGAAUGUAUAUUUUGCAUUUGUUGGAUGCAAUGUUCUUUAAGUGCCAUUUAGAUCAAGAUUGUUGAUAAUGUUCAGAUCUUCUAUGACUGUACGUAUUUUCAUGCAUCCUGAACAUUGUGAAUAUUAUAUUGACUCUUCGUUCCUUUAUAACCUCUGGAGAAUGUUUAUAUUUUCAUUUGGGAAGGCAGUCAACCCGGGUUGACUUCAUGGUUGAAUUCAGGCAGUGCAUCCUCAGUCAGAAUAUUAAGUAAAUGAUACUGAUUCAUUCUUAAGGUAUCUCCUUUGGAGGCAUGUUACGUCCAUGCCCCUCUGUUGGUGAUGUGCCUUUUGAUCUCCUCGUCAAGGUGUUUUUCCAGUGUCUCUACUCUGUGGUUAUUGUUUCCCCCCUUUCAGCAGUCAGUGUGGAGACACUUUAAGACAGCUUUUCAUCAGACUUGACACCCCAGAUAGCAUCCAUUAAUGGUUCUUACCAAUACCAAUCUUUUUUUUUUUUAAUUUUUAUUGUGCCUUAAGUGAAAGUUUACGAAUCAAGUCAGUCUCUACACCUUGCUAUAUACUCCUAGUUGCUCUCCCCCAAAUGACACAGCACACUCCUUCCCUGCAAUCUGUGUUUUCGUGUCCAUUUGGCCAGCUUCUGACCCCCCUGCCCUCUCAUCUCCCAUCCAGACAGGAGCUGCCCACGUAGUCUCAUGUGUCUACUUGAUCCAAGAAGCUCAGUCUUCACCAAUAUCAUUUUUUAUCCCAUAGUCCAGUCCAAGCCCUGUCUGAAGAAUUGGCUUUGGGAAUGGUUUCUGUCUUGGGCUAACAGAAGGUCUGGGGACCAUGACCUCUGGGCUCCUUCUAGUCUCAGUCAGACCAUUAAGCCUGGUCUUUUUAUGAGAAUUUGAGGUCUGCCUCCCACUGUUCUCUUGCUCCCUCAGGGGUUCUCUGUUGUGUUCCCUGUCAGGGCAGUCAUGGGUUGUAGCCAGGCACCGUCUAGUUCUUCUUGUCAGGGGCUGAUGUAGUCUCUGGUUCAUGUGGUCCUUUCUGUCUCUUGGGGUCAUAAUUACCUUGUGUCUUUGGUGUUCUUCAUUCUCCUUUGCUCCAGGUGGGUUGAAACCAAUUGAUGCAUCUUAGAUGGCUGCUUGCUAGCGUUUUAGACCUCAGACGCCACUCUUCAAACUGGGAUGCAGAAUGUUGUCUUAACCCAGUGCCAUCAAGUCAAUUCUGACUCAUAGUGACCCUAUAGGACAGAGUUGAACUGCCCCAUAGAGUUUCCAAGGACCGCCUGGCGGAUUCGAACUGCUGACCCUUACGGUUUAGCAGUCGUAGCACUUAACCACUAUGCCACCAGGGUUUCCAGUGUUUUCUUAGUAGAUUUUAUUAUGCCAAUUGACCUAGAUGUCCCCUGAAACCAUGGUCCCCAAACCCCUGCCUCUGCUAUGCGGGCCUUUAAAGCAUUCAGUUUAUUCAGGAAACUUCUUUGCUUUUGGUUUAGUCCAGUUGUGCUGACCUCUCCUGUAUUUUUUUUUUUUUAAUAAAUCAUGUUCUAGGUGAAAGUUUACAGAACAAAUUAGUUCCUUAUUCAAAAAUUUAUCUGCAAAUUGUUUCUUGACAUAGGUUGCAAUCCCUGCAAUGUGUCAGCACUCUCCAGCUUUCAAACCUGGGUUCCCCAUUUCCAUUUGUCCAGUUUUCCUGCCCUUUCUGCCUUCUUAUCCCUGCUUUUGGGCAGGUGUUGCCCAUUUGGUCUUAUAUACUUGACCAAGAAAAGAAGGAUGUUCUUCACAUGUGUUAUUGUUUGUUUUACAGGCCUGCCUAAUCUUUGGUAGAAAGGUGAACUUUGGGAGUGGCUUCAGCUCUGAGUUAGAAGGGUGUCCAGGAGCCAUAGUCUUGGGGGUUCUUCCAGUCUCCGUGAAUUUGGAUUUUGUUUACAUUUUUCUCUCACUUUGUCCAGGACCAUCUAUUGUGAUCCCUGUUGGAGUGGUUGGUGAUGGUAGCUGGGCAUCUUCUGGUUCUUCUGGGCUCAUGCUGCCCAUUUAGUCUCAUGUUAUCUACUUGUGCUAAGAAGCACACUUUUCAUGAAUAUCAUUUUAUGUCUUAUAGUCCAAUCUAAUCUGUCUAAAGAGUUGGCUUUGGGAAUGGUUUUGGGUUUGGGCUAACAGAGAGUCCAGGAGUCAUGUCUUCCAGGGUCCCUACAGCCUCAGUCAGACCAUUGAGUCUGGUCUUUUUACUAGCAUUUGAGUUCUGCAGCCCACUUUUCUCCUGCUCCAUCAGGGACUCUCUGUUGUAUUCCCUGUCAGGGUGAAUUGUACAGUUUAAAUGGGUGAAUUCUACGGAGUGUGAAUUAGAUCUUUUGCAGGUAAAAAUCAACAUAAACCCAAUCCCAAAAUGUGAGGAUUAAUCAGAUCCCCACUUUCCCACUUCUCAGUUGUCUCUGACACCACCUGCCCUCCUGGCAGUUUCUCUCCCUGACCACAGCCACCUGGAACUAGGUUGGAUCUCACAAGUUAAAAGGACACCAUUCUUCAGGCUGCCAAAUAGGCAGAUACCAGCCACAAGCCCGGAAGCCCACACACUACACCCUUGCUUCUGACCUUAAAAAAAAAACAAACCCGUUGCCGUCAAGUUGGUUCCAACUCAUAGCGACCCUAUAGGACAGAGUAGAACUGCCCCAUAGGGUUUCCAAGGAACGCCUGGUGGAUUCAAACUGCCAGCCUUUUGGUUAGCAGCCGUAGCUCUUAACCACUACACCACCAGGGCUCCCUAGAUUAAUAAAAGUACCUCAGUUACUCAGGAAAUUCCAAGGGUUUAGAAUUAUCAUUCAGGAAACAAGGACAAAGGUCACUUGUUAAAUUCUUUACUCGACAGACCUCAAUAAAGAUAUUUUUAAAAAAGAAAACAUAUUGAAUGACAGUGCCAAGUGUUGGGGAGUAUGUGAGGCAACCGGAACUCAUAACAUACUACUGUUGAGUGAGAGUGUAAAUUGGUAAAGACAUUUUGGAAACCAUUUUGGCAGCAUCUACUAAAGUUGAAAUACACAUUACCUGUGACCUGACACUUCCACUCCUAAAUAUACUUACACCUAAACCAAAAACCAAACCCAUUGCCAUUGAGUCGGUUCCCACUCAAUGCAACCAUUUAGGACAGAGUAGAACUCCCCGUAGGGUUUCCAAGGCUGUAAAUCUUUACAGAAGCAGACUCCGACAUCUUUCUCUGGAGGAGUGAUUGGUGGGUUAGAACUGCUGACCCUUCAAUUAGCAGCCAGUGCUUUAACCCCUGUGCCACCAGGGUCCCUUAGCCUCUAGGUCUGUACCCGGGAGAAGAGCGCACAUGUGUUCAUCCAGCAACGUGUACAAGGACAUUCAUGGGAGCAUUACUGCCAAUCGCCCAAAACAGGAAAACAACCCAAAUAUGUCUAUCAGCGAUAGAAUGGAUAAAUUCUGGAAUAUGCAUAUAAUGUAAUACUCUGCAGUGAGAGCAAAUGAAAUACUGUAUAAUAUUGCAUGGAUGAAUAAAAUACAUUAAUGAAAGAAACCAGAAUAAGAGUAUCUACUUAUGAUUUCAUUUCUAUAAAGCUCAGAGUUACUCUUGUUGGGGGAAAGGGGGCAUUAUUAAGAGAAGGAGGUACACGGGCAGCUGCUGGGUCGUGCUGUAUUCCCAAUUCCGUGUUCACUCUGUAAAAUUUCAUUGAGCUGUCCAGUCACAAUUUGCAUAGCUUCCUUUAUGUGUUAUACUUUAAAGUUUACUUAAAAAAAAAAAAGAUAUGUAGACUCCAGUUUUUAAAUGCUGGAGUAGAGAUAGCUGUUUUCUCUUCAUCUUGGAAGUCAUCUACAAACAAUAGCUACAAAAAGAAAUAGAGAUGUAAACGUUGUUUGACACUUGGAGAAAUCUACAGCCCCAAACAGCAAGAUACAAAUGCAGUGAUAGAUAAAAAUAAGGGAGACUCCAAGAGAAGAUGAUGAGGAAAGAUCAACAAAUGCAGUGAAGGCCAAGCAAAGGUGAGCAGCACACUCGAUGUGACCCUUUUCAAUAAGAGCAUAGGUUUCCACAGUAACUGGUAGAUCCUGAUGGCAAACCAACACCCUGUAACAAGGGGAGCAGACACAACCUAGUGUCAAGAGCCUCCCUAGAGAAUUUGACAUGAAAUACCAAGUAGCAGGGAAGGCGAGGGCUGAACGCAGACCAUGACCAUGUUUGCAUGACUUGUCUGUUGUGAUGUAGGUUGAAGGAAAGAGUCAGCAAUGAGAGCAGCCCUACAGUGUGGAUUCACUGUUAAAUGUGGAGAAGUAAAGGUUAAAAAACUUAUUCUUGUAUACAACCUGUAUCAGAAAGAGAGUUCCUGCUAGCCUGAAAUAUAGCCAUAGCCUUUCCCUGCUGUGAUCCUUUUACAAAUACUUGGCAUAUGAAAAACUCUUUCAAAAAUGAGUAAUAAAUCAAAAAGAAAUCAGCACCAGAUGAAAAUUGUGACCAAGAAUAUAGCCCUGAAUUAAAAAAAGAAAAAGUUUUAAUGAAGUAGUCAUCUUUAAAAUAAAUUGAUAAUAACAAGAAUAGUAAUAAUAAAAACAGGAGAUAUAAAGAAGGACAAGUUUCUGGUAUUUUUAGCUUUUAUAUCAGGGCAGGAUCUGUCUCCCACCAAGACUCAUAAGGUGAGGCAUUUCCCAAACAUAGAAAGGGAGUUCAAGUCUUGAGCUGCCAAAAAGAGUGUAAUAUCCACUGCCAAGAUGUAUAUGAGAAAAAGUAUGCACACACACACGCGUGCACACACACACGCGGUUUGGUCUCCUUUUCGCUGAGCUCAACAGUUAACUAAUCUCUGCUUAAUUAAACCAGCUUUUACUUUUCUGCUGUAAGGAAGUUUUGAACACUAUCUUUCUACCCCAAUACUGAUUUCUAGCUCUUAGGAUCUAGUUUAGCUAGGCGUCUGAAGAGUGAAGGUGUGACAUUCUUCUUCAGCCUUGUUCUUAACCUCCCAUUUUCUUUGUAGACCCUCUUCUCUGCAGGGAAUCUGGUUGUCCUUGCCCCACUUUCUUUUUUCCAUCAUGUCCAAAAUAGAUAACAUCUUUAAAAAGGAAAAUAAAGCAAAGCACUUGUGGCUGAGUAUGAUCUUCUAGAAUGUACUUCUAGGCAGGGGAAAAAAAGACCAUGAUGAUUGGUCUUUGAAAAUAUACUUUAUUCUUUCUCUUACGGAAGCUUGACUAAUGUCAGGGCAGGGAGAAUUUCUUAAAUAGAUUUUCUACCGUUGUUUUGCUACCUGACACCGAUUGGCUCCUUCAAGAACUUUUCAAAAUGCAAUUGAGCAAAACAGAAAAGGUUUUGUAGCUAUAAAUGUUUUUAUAAAAAAAAUAACUAAAACUUUUUGGGUUCUUUUAUUUUCAAGAGUCGGAAUAAAUAGAAUGAAUAGCAAUAUCCCAUAAAGUAAUGUUGUACGCAGCCCCAAACCCUUAGCAGGUUCAGAUCAGAGAGGCCCCAACAGAGUCACUUUUCUGCUUCCCCCUGCUCAAUCUGUGCUGUAGGUUGGUCUCAAACUGUUCUCAGUCCAUCAUCUGUAAAGAUGGAGACUGUUAUAAAAGGAUCUGAUUCAUUUAUGUCUUCUUCUGUCCAGUUGUCUAUUCUCCCCUUCAUCCAGGAUAUAAGGACAAUUGAGACUCUGUCCCUCUCCUUAAGGAUUCUGGGGAAGAAGGUAGACACAUAUAUAAUGAACUGUAAUUCAGUGAGAUAAGUGCCAUGAAAGUAGGAAGUUCAGGAUGCGUGUGACACAGAGAUGGCAUUGCUGGACUCUCCAGGUUUAAAGGAUAACAGUUUGAGAGAAGGCAGAAAAGGCAUUCCAGUCAGAUGAAAUUACUGUGGACUGUACUUGGAUGUAGUAACUGUCUUUCAUUGUCUCUGAAAACUUAGUUGGUACCAUUUCCUUUGAACGGAAAUAGCUUAGCGUUCCUGCCUGAUAAGCAUUCUGUAGUCAAAUGAUAUGGUCUAAUUAUCCUGCACACUAAAUUUUUUUUUCCCCAAGAAAACCGAAGUCUUACUGCUAACACUUAAUGCGUUUGCAUCACUUUCUGCACUAGGAAGAGGCUCCUAUCUCCCACAGGUGGAUUUUAGUUCUUGUUUCAAUCCAUCUUGUCCAACUUCACCCAGAACUCAGUACAUGGAAAUAUUUCUUAAGAACAUCUUUGGAGUAGACUAUCAUGCGUUUCUGAGCUCCUUAAGUUUUUUUCUUUUUCACAGAGGAAAUAUUAAUAACAUUUAUUCAGUUGUUGCCAGGCACACAAAACUGUUACACUUUCCAGGAACCCAGUCUGAGGUUUGCAAAGCUGCAAAACUGUUUUAAGGCAAAUCAAAGUAUGUAAACAUACAUGUUAUCAACUGUUUUAUAAUAUUUGUCUUUUAGAAAUAACUCCCUUUUUGCAAAGCUGCAACAAUAUUUUAAGGUAAAUAAAAGUGUGUAAGUAUGUAUGUUAUCAGCUGUUUUUUAACAUUUGUGUUUUAGAAAUAACAGGUCCCCAGCGGGCCAUAAAAACCCAGUGGGAUCGAGAACGUCUGUUUCAAAAUCUUGAUUCCUUCCUGUAUUAUCGUAUCUGGCUGAAGUUAUGUGUUUUGUCUGCAUGUGAAACUGUUAAAUCAUGGUUUCUCAAGAGGCAAUGCUUAUUACAUUAUUAAUAAUAAUGAAUUACGUUACUGAAUAAAUAACAGCCGGCCAGGGUUGGAACAGUGAUGAAAGUAUGUCAGGCGCUCAGGGUUCUGAUUAAUCCAAUUCUGUGCACUUGAGGUACAGCUGGAAGGGAAGGAGCAAGAGCGAGGGAGGGGAAUAAAUUAAAGUUUACAGUGAAGUUUGAAUUCACAGUCCCUGGUUGUGAGACUAAUCUCAAGACUCAGCUGGGAGAAAGUCUACCACCAAGCUCUCUCACGUGGCGCUUGGCAGACCUCAGGUCCUGCUUGACUGUUGACUGAAGACGUCAGUUCUUUGCCACUUAGCCUUUCUAUAGGGUAGUUCACAACCUGUCCGCUGGCUUCCCCUAGAGCAAACAAGAGAGCAAGAGAGAGGGUUUUUUUGUAACCCAAUCUCAGAAGUCACACCCCAUCAUGUUUGCCAUAUUUAGUUGUUAGAGGCAAGUCACUAGGCCCAGUCCACACUCAAGGGGAGGGGGUUACCUAAGGUCGUGGAUACCAGAGGUGGGGUCAUUGGGCCCAUCUCAGAGGCAGCCUGCCACAAAUAGCAAGGCAUGUGUGUCACAAAAUGUGAUCACGAACACUUUUUUGUGUGAACAGAGUUUAGAAAGUUUCAUGUUCUCCACAAGAUCAAGCCAAAUGCAGGGUUUGGCCUAAUGAUAUUUCUGACAGCUUUUUCCAUAACUUAUACAAGUGGGUUAUCUGAGACUCUUGGGAAAUAAGGCAUUCUGGAAAAUCAAGUCUCUGGUCAGAUUUGUUCCAUUAGGGCCCAAAUCUUAACAUUUGAGAUAGAAUUCCUUCCGCACUUGAUCACAUACUUCCUCCUCUUCUUGAAUACAUUACUGAUUGUAAUUAAAGUCGUUAUCCAUCAAAAGAAAAUUAGCUGUGGCGUGUGCAUGUUAUAAGGAGGAGAUGCUGAUGGAAGUGUAGAGAACUGUUGGUCUCCUUCCUAAAGAAUGUGAGGCUUCAUGUCUGGCCUUUGUAAUUUUCCUCCUUUAUUUUGUUUGUCACUUGUCAGUUAUUAGUGCUUGCCCAUUGCCUUCCUGUUUGCUGUAUCUCAUCUGCUACAGGUUGGUACCAAAUAACUGAAGUUGGUUAAAACUGUGUGUGAAGUCAAAAGGGCCUGUAGAGGGCUGGAGGGCAUGUCCGCAGUCUGCAGGUAAUAUUAAUGACACCAUUUUAGCUGCUCCAAGAUGUUUUUGUUUGCAUCUCGAUUGUAAAUUGUCAAUGUAGGUGAGGCUGUGGUGACAGAUAGAUGAAAUGGUGUUGGGCCUAGUGAGCCAGUUCCUAACUAAUCUUAUAAGAAAACUGAAAGUGGUUUGAAGCAUGACCCUUUGCUUGCUUGAGACAAUAUUCAUGACCUCUUCUUUCUUGGAGUCCUGGUGGUACAGUGGUUAAGAGCUCUUCUUUCUUCGGUUUUCCAAACUUCAGGGGCUGCUUCGGCAAAGUCUUCUCCCUCUAUCUCUGUGUCCCAGGUAAUUCUGUGAUUGAAGGGCUGUAUGUAUGUAGCUAGCUGCUGUCAAGUUGUCCCCAACUCAUGACAACCCCAUGCACAAUGGAACGAAACACUGCCCGGUCCUGUGCCAUCCCCGUGAUCAGAUGCACAUUGGAUGGUUGUGAUCCACUGGGUUUUCAUUGGUUGAUUUUUUGGAAGUAGAUCACCGGGCCUUUCUCCCUAGUCUGUCUUAGUCUGGAAGCUCCACUGAAGCCUGCUUAGCAUCAGAGCAACAUGCAUGCCAUCACUGACAGAUGGGUGGUGGUAAUUAUACUUCACCCCAGAAACUUGACCCCAGUUUCAGCCUACAAACCCAACUCAGCAAGUACAAUUUACUUUUCUAUCUACAUGAAUUAUUUUUUGUUGUUGUUGCCAGCAAAGCCUCUCAAAUAGAAACAUAUCGCCCCUGCUGCAAGGACAAACUGUAAAGCAGUGCUAAAUCCGUGGAGCUCACAUUUUUAUUUGCAUGUCUUUUAGGCCUUCUGUAGUGUUUUGCCGCAUGAGAGAACUGAGAACAGCGCAGUCAUGUCUGUACCUCGCUAGACAGAGACCUAGGAGGCCUGCUAGAGAGGGCAAAGGUGGAGCUCAGAAAGCACCCCCUGUGGCACUCAAGAUUUGAGACACUUCUUUCAGAAUCAUAGAGUAUGAGGGCUGGGGGGCGGCUGGUGCUUUAAAACACCCUUAGUCCUUUUCCCCUAGCUCCACUCUCUUGAAGAUAAUUAACAGUGAGGCUAAAGAUUAUGGGAAUUACAUGCCUAUCUUUUUCCUCUACACAACAUAGAAUUUCUUUUCUAGUAGCAGUUAAUUUCUCUGUUUAGCAAUCCCAUAAACAGUGGUUUUAAGCUUCAGCAAACCCUUGCAGCCUAGUACCCAUAGGAUUUGUGCCCCCAGCCACGUUUCCUUAAAACUAAGUACUAUUGAGUCCUGUAGCUUUAGCCCCUCUUCUUCCCUUUCUCCAUUCCUAACCUUGCAGAGGCCACCAAACUAGAGACCCCGAACCUGUUUGUCACAUCAUCAUAAAAAGAAAUAAGUACAAAUCAGUCCUUUAUGUAGACAAUCCAUGAUUUAUAAAAGAGCAGCCAACUAGGAAUUACAAGACUAAGAUCCUGCCUUUUUCAUUUACUACAUGUCUCUGACAUUAGGCUACUGUUAUGGAUUGAAUUAUGUCUCCCCCAAAAUGUGUGUAGCAAUUUGGCAAAUUCCCAGUAUUGUGUAGUUGUCCUCCAUUUCAUGAUUGUAAUUUUCUCUUAAAGAGGAUUAAGGUGGGAUUGUAACACCAUUACUAAGGUCACAUCCCUGAUUGAGUGUAAAGGGUGUUUCCCUGGAGUGUGGCCUGCACCACCUUUUAUCUUAGAAGGAAUAAAAGGAAAGGGAAGCAAGCAGAGAUGGGGGCCUUAUUCCACCAAGAAAGCAGUGCCAGGAGCAUAGCCUGACCUUUGGACCCAGAGUCCCUGCACAGAGAAGGGGAAGAUUGAAGAGAAAGCCAGCAGAGAGAGAAAGCCUUCACCUGGAGCUGACACCCUGAAAUUAGACUUUUAGCCUAUUUUACAGUGAGGAAAUAAAUUUCUCUUUGUUAAAGCCAUCCACUUGUGGUAUUUCUGUUAUAGCAGCCUAGACGCCUAAGAUAGCCACUUACUUACUUUUCUUUCCAGGCUUCAUUAUCUUCCUGUCCCAUCAGGCUGUAGGCACUGAAAUGAGGUAACCCUUGCGAAAGAAGUAAAAUCACUGUACAAAAUAAUUCUUUUCUUCCAUCUUAAAACAUACACACACACACCCCCACACCCACACCCAUACCCCCCACACAUACACCCACACAUGCCUCCUGAUCUCAUUUGCCCUUCCAACUGCCACUCCAUUUGUUUCCUUACUUUUACAUCAAAACUCAAGUUUUCUAUACUCUCUGUCUCCAGUUCCUGUCCCUGUACUCUCUUAAAUCCACUCCAUUCAGGACUUUACACCUGCCCAUUCUAUUGAAAUUGCUCUUGUCAGGAUCACAGUGAACUCCACAUUGCUAUAUCCAGUGGUCAGUUGUCAUCUUACCCAACAGCUUCUUUUGACAUAAUUGAUCGCUCUCCUCUUGAGAUGUUUCCUUCACUUGACCUUCAGAAAAAGCACACUUUUAAUAUUCUUUCAGCAUCAUUGGUAGCUACGUUUCAGUUUGUGCUGGUACUUCCUCUCUUCCCCGACCUCUUAAUGUUAGAAGGCCUCCAGAUCUCAAUCUUGAUUGCUCUAUUCUCUGAACUGUUGUUGUUAGGUGUGUCAACCCCAUUCCAACUUAUAGCUACCCGAUGUACAACAGAAUGAAACACUGCGCCUUCCUCACAAUCAUUGUUACACUUGAGCCUAUUGUUGCAACCACUGUGUCAGCCCAUCUUGUUGUGGGUCUUCCUCUUUUUCACUGACCCUCUACUUUACCAAACAUGAUAUCCUUCUCCAGGAACUGGCCCCGCCUGAUAACAUUUCCAAAGUACAUGUGUCUCACCAUUCGUACUUCUAAGGAGAAUUCUGAUUGUAUGUCUUCCAAGACAGAUUUGUUUGUUCUUCUAACAGUGCACGGUAUAUUCAGCUUUCUUUGCCAACACCAUAAUUCAAAGGUGUCGAUUCUUCUUCUCUCUUUCUUAUUCAUUGUCCAGGUUUCGCAUGCAUACAAAGCAAUUGAAAAUACUGUGGCUUGGGUCAGGGAUGCCAUAGUCCUCAAGGUGACAUCUUUGGUUUUUAACACUUUAUUUAAAUAGGUCUUUUGCAGCAGACUUGCCCAAUGCAGUACUUCAUUAAUUUCUUGAUAGCUGCUUCCAUGUGCAUUAAUUGUGUCACCAAGUAAAAUGAAAUCUUUGAUAACUUCAGUCUUUUCUCUGUUUAUCGUGAUGUUGCUUAUUGGUCCAAUUGUGAGGAUUUUUGUUGUCUUUAUGUUGAGGUACAAUCCAUCCUGAAGGCUGUAGUGUUUGAUUGUCAUCAGUAAGUGUUUCAAAUCCUCUUCUCUUUCAGCAAGCAAGGUUGUAUCAUCUGCAUAAUGAAGGUUGUUAAUGAGUCUUCCUCCAAUCCUGAUGCUGGGUAUUUCUUCGUAUAAUCUGGUUACUUGAAUUAUUUACUCAACAUAGAGAUUGAAUAAGUAUGGUGAAAAGAUACAACCCUGACGCCCACCUUUCCUGACUUGAAACCAGGAAGUAUCCCCUUGUUCUGUUCCAACGACUGUCUCUUAGUCCCUGUACGUAUUCCUCAUGAGCACAAUUAAGUGUUCUGGAAUUCCUGUUCUUUGCAGUGUUAUCCACUAUUUGUUAUGAUCCGCACAGUCAAAUGCCUUUGCAUAGUUAGUAAAUCACUAGUAAACAUCUUUCUGGUAUUCUCUGCUUUCAGCCAAGAUCCAUCUGACAUUAGCAAUGAUAUCCUUCAUUCCAUGUCCUUUUCUUAAUCCAGCAUAAAUUUCUGGCAGUUCCCUGUAGAUACACUAAUACAGUCGCUUUUGAAUAAUCUUCAGCAAAAUUUUGCUUGUGUGUGAUAUUAAUGAUAUUGUUUGAUAAUUUCUGCAUUCGGAAAUUAUCCACCUUUCUUUGGAAUGAGCACAAAUACGAAUUUCUUCCGGUCAGCCGGUCAGGUAGGUGUCUUCCAAAUUUGGCAUAGGCACGUGAGCACUUCCAGGACUGCAUCCGUUUGUUGAAACACCUCAAUUGGUAUUUUGUCAAUUCCUGUAGGCUUGUUUUUCGCCAGUGCCUUCAGUGCAGCUUGGACUUCUUCCUUCAGUGCCAUCGGUUUUUGAUCGUAUGCUACCUCCUGAAAUGGUUGAAUGUCGACCAGUUCUUUUUGGUACAGUGACUCUGUAUUCUUUCCGUCUUUUUUUUUGAUACUUCCUGUGUCAUUCAAUAUUUUCUCCAUAGACUCCUUCAAUACUGCAACUUGAAUUUGCAAUUUGCAGACUUGAAUUUUUUUCUUCACUUCUUUCAGCUUGUGAAAUGCCAAGCAUGUUUUUCCCUUUUGGUUUUCUAACUCCGGGUCUUUGCAUAUUUCAUUAUAAUACUUCACUUUGUCUUCUCGAGCCACCCUUUGAAAUCUUUUGUUCAGCUCUUUUACUUCAUCAUUUUUUCCAUUCACUUUGGUUACUCUGCAUUCAAGAGCAAGCUUCAGAGUCUCGUCUCGCAUUCAUUUUGGUCAUUUCUUUCUUUGCUGUCUUUUUAAUGACCUCUUGAUUUCUUCAUGUAUGAUGUCCCUGAUGCCAUUCCACAGCUUGUCCAUUCUUCAGUCAUUAGUGUUCAGUGUGUCAAAUCUGUUCUUGAGAUGGUCUCUAAGUUAAGGUAGGAUAUGUUCAACAUCAUUUUUCGGGUCUGUGGACUUCCUCUAAUUUUCCUCAGCUUCAGCUUGAACUCACCUAAGAGUAAUUGAUGGUCUCUUCCGCAGUCGGUCUCUGGCUGAUGAUAUUAAGCUUCUUCAUUGUCUCUUUCCACAGAUGUAGUAGAUUUAGUAGAUUUGAUUCCUGUGAAUUCCACCAGGUGAGGUCCACGUAUAUACUUGCCAUUUAUAUUGUUGAAAAAGGAUUCGCAAUGAAGAAGUCAUUAGUCUUGCAAAAUUCUAUCAUGUGAUAUACGGCCUCGUUUCUGUCACCAAGGCCCUAUUUUCCAACUACCGAUCCUUCUUUGUUUCCAACUUUCGCAUUCCAAUCACCAGGAAUUAUCAGUGCAUCUUGAUUGCAUGUAUGAUCAAUUUCAGACUGCAGAAGUUGGUAAAGAUUUUCAGUUUCUUCAUCUUUGACCUUACUAAUUGAUGUGCGUAUUUGAUUAGUAGUUGUAUUAACUGGUUUUCCUUGUAGGCGUGUGGAUCUCAUCCUAUCACUGACAGUGUUGUACUUCAGGAUAGAUCUUGAAAUGUUCUUUUUGACAGUGAAUGCACCGCCACUUCUCUUCAGUUUGUCAUUCCCAGCAUAGUAGACCAUAUGAUGGUCUGAUUCAGAAUGACCAAUACCGGCCUGUUUUAGCUCACUAAUACUUAGGAUAUUUGUCUUUAUGUGUUCCAUUUCAUCAUUCACGACUUCCAAUUUUCCUAGAUUCAUACUUCAUACAUUCCACGUUUCAAUUAUUAAUAGGUGUUUGCAGCCGUUUCUUCUCAUUUCGAGUAGUGCCACGUCAGCAAGUGAAGGUCCCGAAAGCUUGAUUUCAUCGGCGUCAUUAAAGUCAACUCUACUUUGAGGAGGCAGCUCUUCACCAGUCGUAUUCUGAGGAGCUUAUCUUUCAGUCCUGUGUCAGACGAUGUUCUGCUGCUAUUCAUAAGAUUUUCACUGGCCAGUUUUUUCAGAAGUAGACUGCCAAGUCCUUCUUCCUAGUCUCUUUUAGUCUGGAGGCUCUGCUGAAACCUGUCCACCAUGAGUAACCUUGCUGGUAUUUAGAAUACUGGUGACAUAGCUUCCAGCAUCACAGCAACAUGCAAGCCCCGACAGUAUGACAAACUGACAGAGAAGUGGGAGUCUCCAUACUGAGUCCCUGGGUUAUCUCAUUAAAUGUCUAGGCUUUAAAUACCAUCUAUAAGAUGACUCGGAAACCCUGGUGGCAUAGUGGUUAAGUGCUACGGCUGCUAACCAAAGGGUCGGCAGUUCAAAUCCACCAGGCGCUCCUUGGAAACUCUAUAGGGCAGUUCUACUCUCUCCUACAGGGUUGCUAUGAGUUGGAAUCAACUCGACGGCACUGGGGUUUUUGUUUUUUUUUUUAAUAAGAUGACUCACAAAUUUAUAUUCCAGCCCAGACCUCAUCGAUGAACUCCAGGUUUGUGUAUAUAACUGCCCACAUGACAUUUUCAUUUGUGUUCUAGUAGACACCUCAAGCUUAACAUAUCCACAACUGAACUACUGAUCUUCCUCCCCAAAUCUGCUGUGCCUAGAGCCCUUCCCAACUCAGUUGAUGGCAACUCUGUACUUACAGUUGUUAGACAUUUCAGCAAAAACCUUAGCGUCAUCCUGGAUGCCCCUCUGUUCUCUCACACCUCACAUCUAGUCUUUAAGGAAAUCUAGAUUUAAUUAGAACAAAAAAAUUCAGAAUCCUACCUCUUAAUACCUCCGCUGCUCCCUCCUUGGUCUAAGCCCUCAUCACCUCUUGUCUGGAUUACUGCUGUCACCCCCACGCUACUCUCUGUGUCCCUCUAUAGUCUGCUGUCAACAGAGCAACCAGGAUGACCCCUGUAAAAUGGAAGUCUGGUCAUGGUGCUCCUACAGUGGCUCCCCAUUUCACUGCACUGGACAAAGUGCUUCAGCUGUAUAAAUGAGAAUACUGCUAGCACAUUCCUCAAGAGGUCAUGGGAUUUGAUGAGGCAAUGUAUAUGAAGCACUUACUGAACAACCAAGCCUGGUUCUUAGAAAAUAAUAACGUUUAGCGGUUAUUGUUCUUACUGUUUUUCCAGUGAACCCUCCAAACCAGAAGCCCUACUUUUAUCCCUUCCUCAUCAUUCCUCUUCAGUGCUCGAGGUGGGAGGGUUCUGUAGAAAGGUCUGGAUUCUGAGUACCUGGCUCGUUGCUAUUAGGCAGAAUCCACAGCCCUUCAGUCCCAGGGAAUAGUAUGUCCAGAAACACUGUUCAUUUAACCAAAGGAAAUUCCAUUCCUCGCUUUGCUGUUUUUAUAAGCCAUGAAGUACUUGGUUUCCUGUACUGAAUAGGAAUUACUGAGUCAUGGCAAUGUGUUCAUUUUGUCGGUUAAAAAUUAGUUCCUAGCUUUUGAGAUACUUGUUCCCUGUGGGAUACUGAAGGGAGGAAAUCCCCAGGCAGCUUCCCACUUCUUUUUUGAUUGAGCGUUUUAUCUGAUGUCUUACUUCACCCCUUUUGAUAUUUUUAUUACAUUUGUGGUAUCACACACUUACUUUUUUCCCUUCUUGUAAAGCUUACCUCUCUGGGCCUGUUAGUACCAGGAAAGAGUUUUUAUCAUUUUAUAUUCCCACUGUAUUCUCCGUCAUGCUUCAUUGGUUUUUACAACCAAGCAAAAAGAGAAAGGAAAACUUAACCAUAAGACUUGCUAAUGCUAACUUAAGAUGCUAAGACUUUGAUGUCGCUGCAGAGCGCUGAACUGGAGCCUUCUGAGCCACUAACUAACUGUAUGACACCCCUGAGUUUAAGUUGAAUCUUCUGUCUGAAUUCUAGCAGAAGAGACUGAAAGAAAGGAGAUUCUGCUUUUCUGAGAGUCCGAGAGGAUAUGAGGAAGAUAGGAUAAGUUGCUGGGGUACCUAACCCACUAACGAAUGGAGGAGGGACUGGGACAGCCAAAUUGAUUUGGUUCGGUAAAGCAGCCAGGCCACAGAGCCUCAGGCCUGAGCAACUUAUUCCCCAGUGGCCUGGAAGGGGAUUGGAGAUAACAGGAGGGGACCACACACUUUUUUUUUUUUUUUAAGAUUACUUUGGCAUAUUCUUGGCACUUUGCAUUUUCAUGUAACUUUUAUAAUUAAUUUGAAGUUAUCGCCUCUCCUUUAAAACAAAAAUGCUGCUAGAAUUUUGAUGGGCAAUCCUUUGAGGAGACUGGACAUCUUUAUUGAAUUUUGCAGUUCCUGAGAGUGGUGUGUCUGUUUACUCGGGUCUUCGGGUCUUCUUUAAUUUCUCUUAAUGUUUUAUAGUUUUCUGUAUAAAAGUCUUCAUAUAUUUUAUUAGAUUUAUUCUUAAGUAUUUUGUGGGUUUUUUAUGUUUUGUAAAUGGUAGUGCAGUGGUUAAAGUGAUCAGCUGCUAACUGAAAGGCCGGCAGUUUGUAACCACCCUUGACUCCGUGGGAGAAAGAUGUGGCAGUCUGUCUCUGUAGAGAUUUACAGCCUUGGAAACCUUGUGGGGUCUCUGUGAGUCGGAAUCGACCUGACAGAGUGGGUAUAAAUGGUAUUAUUUUAAAAUAUAUAUUUCCUAAUUACUUGUUGAUAGUAUUAGAAGUAUAAUUUUUUUUUUUAUAUUGACAAGCAUGUUUUUUAACUAUAAGAUUCUACAGGGCUAAAGUAUGUAUCAUUUUAAGAACCUUCCAAUAUGCAAAUCAUCAUGAGAAUAUUGAGUACCUUGAGAAAAGUAAACUUGUAUUAAAUCCAGAGUUGUAACAUUGGAGAAUUCAAAAGGAAACCAGGAGGGGCCUGUUCCUAAGUUGUGGGAGUUCUGUGUUGGUUGCUGGAGAGAGAUUGCCUGGGGCUUCCUUUCUCUGAGAAAGCUGGGAUGCUUUUUUCUCUUCCUGAGAUAUUCUGGGCCCUCUCCCAGCCAACCCAUGCUGGGGAACACUCAGGCAAAUGAGCAGGAGGGAUCGGGGUGAAUGGAGAUCUCACCAGUCCUGCCUGGUGGCUGCUGUUGGACUCACAGCCUUCCCUCCCAUCCUACCGCUCACCAGGGAUGAGCAGUAAGCCUGUCCAGUGUCAGGCACUGCAACAUCCUGACGUGAUGAUGACAGUGUCUGCUGCCUUAAACUCAUACCUGCUUUGUUU